AUGAUCCGGGUCCUCUUUGCUGUUCUUGGGUUGGCCACUGCGGCUUUGGGCUGUGGGGUCCCAGCCUACCAGCCCAACCUCUCCAGAGUUGUGGGGGGAGAAGCGGUCAGACCCAACAGUUGGCCCUGGCAGGCCUCUCUCCAAUACAGUUCCAAUGGCAACUGGCAUCACACAUGCGGGGGGACCCUCAUUGCUACCAACUGGGUCAUGACGGCGGCUCACUGCAUCAGCUCCUCUCGGACCUACCGCGUACAGCUCGGGAAGUAUGACCUCACCGUCAGCGAGAAAGGAUCGCUCACAGUCUCUGCCCAAAAGAUCGUGGUGCACCCCAAAUGGGACUCGAGCAAGCUUUCCAACGGGAAUGACAUCGCGCUGAUCAAACUUUCGCAACACGUCACCCCGAGCGACAAAAUCCAGCCGGCGUGCCUGCCCCCAGCCAACAACAUCUUGCCCGGAAACUUUGCUUGUUAUGUGACAGGCUGGGGAAGACUGCAAACCAACGGCGCAUCCCCCAAAGUCCUCCAGCAGGGCCGCCUGCUCGUGGUGAAUCAUGCAACUUGCUCCCAGUCUAACUGGUGGGGCAACUCAGUGAAAACCAACAUGGUCUGCGCGGGCGGCGAUGGCAUCAUCUCUAGCUGCAAUGGGGACUCCGGCGGUCCGCUCAACUGCAAAUCCGGCAACAAGUGGGAGGUGCACGGGGUGGUCAGUUUCGGCUCCUCUCUGGGAUGCAACUACGUCCGCAAGCCUUCCGUUUUCACUCGAGUCUCUGCUUUCAACGACUGGAUCGCUCAGGUAAACUCUUGA